UCCCGGCGCCUCCAUGGCGGGUCCUGCGGUGCUGCAGGUUCUCCGCCAAGGCGUUUGGGCCUCGCUGACUGGCGGCUGCUUCCUGGACCCUCAGCUGGGCGCCUUCGCCAACUGCGUGCGGCUCUACGUGUGGCUCUUCCUGCUCGGCCUCCCGCUCGGCCUCUACUCGGCUCUGCCCCCCACCCCCGCCGUGGCCGCCCUGUACUGCGGGGUCGUGGCCGCGUUUUUCGGGGCCGUCAAGGCCGUGACGUUCCGGCUGCACGCGCGCCUGGACCGGGGGGGGCCCGACGGGGACCCCGAGGGGGGGGCGGCCGCUCUGCUGCGCCCCCCUAGCCCCGAGGAGCGGGACGGGACCCCCGGCCCCCCCGGGGGGGGUCUGGAGCUCUCGGUGCUGCGGUGGCCGAGCGCGACCCCCCCUCAGCUCUGCGGCUUCAACCAACUCUCGGAGCUGCUGCCACACCUGGACACCACCACCGGGGCUGGGGAGCUCCGGGGCAUCGUCACGGCCGCUGACCGGGACUGGCUGUGCUCGGUGGGUGGGGGGGGCACGGGGGGGGCCUGGGGGGGUCCCGAUGGGGCUGGGGGCGAUACCGAGACCCCCCUGACCCCCCCAGCCCCAGGAAGUUGCCUUAAAGGGCUGGGGGUCCCGCCUGGCAGCCCCCCCCCAUCGCCCCCCCAGAGUGGGGGUCCCAGCAGCGCCUUCUCCACUCCCAGCCCCCCACAGACCCCCCCCCUUGAAUGCUGAGGAGGGGGCUAUGAGCCAGGUGAGACCCCCCCGUGGGACGUGAGUGGUGGUGGGGGGGAGUGACUCCAAAAAAGAGGGAGGGGAUCUGGGGGGCU